UAUAUAUCAUGCGUAUGCCUUUUGCAUUCCAAAUCAUAGCCACUCAUCACUGGCUCACCGCAAUUAAACGCCAUCUCGAUCGAAAGCUAGACUAACCAAGUAUAUAUACGAUCGAUGGCGUUCCGGCGCCGUUCAUGCAUCCCGGCGGCUCUGGCCGUCUUCUUCCUGCUGCUCGCCGGCCAGUCAACCGCCGGCGAAGACCAGACCGCCGUAAUCUGGGGCCGCCACGGCGACGAGGGCACCCUCCGUGAGGCCUGCGACACCGGCCACUACAACACCGUCAUCAUCUCCUUCCUCAGCGUCUUCGGCCACGGCCGCUACUCCCUCGACCUCUCCGGCCACGACCUCCGCCGCGUCGGCAACGACAUCAAGCACUGCCAGCGCAAGGGCAUCGUCGUGCUCCUCUCCAUCGGCGGCCAGGGCGGCGACUAUUCCCUCCCCUCCUCCCGCUCCGCCGCCGACGUCGCCGACAACCUCUGGAACGCGUUCCUCGCCGGCCGCCGCAAGGGCGUGCUCCGGCCAUUCGGCAACGCGGCGGUCGACGGCAUCGACUUCUUCAUCGACCGGGGCUCCGGCGACCACUACGACGAGCUGGCCAGGAAGCUCUACAGCUACAGAAACAACAAGGGGAAGGGGGUGAUGCUGACGGCGACGCCGCGGUGCAGGUUCCCGGACCGGCGGCUGGAGAAGGCGCUGGCGACGGGGGUGUUCGCGCGCAUCCACGUGAGGAUGUUCGGCGACGACGUGAACUGCACGGCGGCGCCGAGGGAGUCGUGGGAGAAGUGGGCGGCGGCGUACCCGGCGAGCCAGGUGUACCUCGGGCUGGUGGCCUCGUCGGAGCAGGACCCGGGAUACCUGUCGCCCAAGCCACUCUACUACACGCUGGUGAUGUACAUCAGAGACAGGCUCAACUACGGUGGCAAGAUGAUCUGGGACAGGUACUACGACAAGAAGACCGACUACUCCAUUGGAAAACUUAUUUAAAACCUAUAUAUAUACUCCUUUUUCCAUUGGGAGCAUGGAGAUAUAUAUAUAUAUAUAUAUAUAUACCAAGUAUUGAAUAGGGCUUAAUUUCUAGCUAUAUGGAAUAAUGUAAUCCCAUGUCGCAAUUAAAUAAGGGUGAUUAUCUAAAUUGUUGUUGUUUUUUGUAAUCCUCCAAAAUAAUAUCAAUAAAGUUCACUGCAUGUGAAAGUAAAAUCUUUAGUCA